CUUCCGUUUGGUUCUUAGAUGGUAAACGGUUUCCGUUGCGAGACGUAAUAAACACACCCCAGGUGCCUGCGGUUUGGUUUACCUGAGUGAGGUGCGCUUGGAGCACCAAUAUUGGACAUUUGACACCUGAGAGGACUGCAACACUAUUUCUGUGGGUGAUUGAAAAGGGGACAUCGACAAUGAUACUAUUUUUCAUACUUGCAGUUUUUUCCUCUGCCAGAGGCCUACAGGUGACCAUUGGACAACCUACAUAUGAGGUUGCGCGAGGCGAUGAUGUCACCCUGGUGUGUAGUUUCAUUCGUGCUGUACAAUCCAACCCCUCCACGUUGGUUAUCAUCACAUGGUCCAUGGAGGCUGAUAGCCCUGUUGAUCCGAAGAUUGUUAUUACCACAUUCUACUCUAUCAACAAUCAAGUGGACAUCAAGCCUUCCUAUAAGGAGCGAGCAGUGCUGACCCAUGACAUCACUGGAGGGCAGAGCACCCUGACCCUCAGCAAGGUGUCCAUGCAGGAGAACAGGCUGUGGCAGUGCAGGGUGCAGAUCCCUGGAGACGAGGAGGGGACGCCUUCCGCCACCACCGAACUAGUGGUUCUUGUGGCUCCCUCUGUGCCCGUCAUCAGAGUGCAGGGCGAAGCAGAGUACUGGAACAACAUCAACCUGACAUGUGUGUCUGAGGAGGGCUCCCCCGCCCCGACCUAUAGCUGGAAAACAAACGAUGUCAGGAAUACUCCCAGAGUAUUCCCACCGAGGACCACUGAUAAGAAUGGUGUUCUAUCUCUGUUUAAUAUCUCCAUGGAGACUUCCGGUUUCUUCAUCUGCACCGCGACCAACCAGGUCCGCUCUGCCAGCUCAAACUUCACCCUCACUGUCAUGCCCCCCUCCAUGAAGAUCGGGUCCACAGCAGCCAUCAUUGGAGGGGUCCUAGCUGGGGUCCUGGUCCUGGGGAUUGUCAUAUACUGCUGCAGGAAGAAGAGGAACAAAUCUAAACAGGAGAAUGUUCAAGGAGUUCCAGAAGCGGUGAAGUUCCAUGACACGCCCACACUCAAAGUUGGGGCAGGUUACCGGGACGACAUUCCGGAAGACAGGACUGAGGGGAGCAUCAUGCUGCAUGACCAAUACGAGACGAAAGGGGAGAUGGAGCACGAUGACCAAAGUGUUAGAACAGAUUGCAGUGAUGGCCGUAAGGAGAAGUCUGAUGACAACUGCAACAACUAUGGAGAUCAGCGCGAUCGCUAUGGUGGCAGCCGCGAUCGCCUCGACGACCAGCGCGAUCGCUAUGGUGGCAGCCGUGAUCGCCUUGACGACCAGCGUGUUCGAUAUGGUGGCAGUCGUGAUCGCCUUGACGACCCACCUGUUCGCUUUAGUGGCAGCCGCGAUCGCCUUGACAACCCGCCCGUUCGCUAUGGUGGCAGUCGUGAUCGCCUUGACGACCCGCCUGUUGUUCGCCAUGGUGGCAGCCGUGAUCGCCUUGACGACCCGCCUGUUCGCUAUGGUGGCAGCCGUGAUCGCCUUGACGACCCACCUGUUCGCUUUAGUGGCAGCCGCGAUCGCCUUGACAACCCGCCCGUUCGCUAUGGUGGCAGUCGUGAUCGCCUUGACGACCCGCCUGUUGUUCGCCAUGGUGGCAGCCGUGAUCGCCUUGACGACCCGCCUGUUCGCUAUGGUGGCAGCCGUGAUCGCCUUGACGACCCGCCUGUUCGCUAUGGUGGCAGCCGUGAUCGCCUUGACGACCCGCCUGUUGUUCGCCAUGGUGGCAGCCGUGAUCGCCUCGACGACCCGCCUGUUGUUCGCCAUGGUGGCAGCCGUGAUCGCCUUGACGACCAGCAUGAUCGGUACAAUGACCAGUACGACGAAUCAUAAGAUUACCAACAUGUCCUCACACUAUUUCCAGGUUGUCCAAGGGAAUUACAGCCAUCCUCCCCAAUGCUAAUCUGCUGGUACACGGAGCCUACUUCAGUAGUAUCCAAUGCUGGUGCACUACCCUAUAAUCUCCCCUUUGAUUCGAAUGCCUCACAAACAAUCAUUAAUGUUCUGCUAUUUCCAGGCUGUUGCUAACUGCCCAAGGUGCUCAGUGAUUUGGACAUUUACUCAAUCAAAAUAAUACCAGAUCCUGGUGCACGUGAUAACUGGAAUUUGGAAAAUACAAAAAUGAUUUUAUUUGAUAAACAAACUAGGCCUAGGCUUGGUCUUGGUAUUUGAUUAGCAUCCCCAUUAACUGUUGCAAAAGCAGCAGCUACUCUUCCUGGGGUUCACACAAAACAUUAAACAUAAUACAGAACAUUAAUAGACAAGAACAGCUCAAGGACAGAAGUUAAUUUGACAAGAACAGCUCAAAGAAAGAAGAUAAUAUGAUGAGAUGAGACCAAAUUCCAAACUGAAACAUGGCCGAUGGGUCACUUCUACAUGGCCCUGUAAAGAGCUGAAAGGACUGGAUCAAGAUCUGUGUCUAGGUGGUGAAGGCCUCUCUUCAACAGCUACUGUGUCUUAGUCUCCUACAUGAGGCUAACAGAAAGCUAUUACCAUGCUAUUCAGAAGAACUCCUUUCAGAUCUUUCAGGGAGGUUGAUGAAUUACCUUGUGGUUGGUGUGAACCAACUGGACCUAAAUCAAAUUUGACCAUGAAAACAAGUGCCCUUGGGUUGUAUGACCCCAUGUGGUCAAUAUCUGUUGAGUAUGUGUGUAAUUAUUGAAUUGUUUUGACCCUGUGUUACAUCUUUUAAUUAUUACUUUGUGGUGAAAGUAGGCUACAUCAAAUCAUUUUUUUUAUAACGCACUGAUUUCCUGUUUUAUUUGCUAGUAAUUACUCCAAUCAAUAAAUGAACUGUAUGGUGUAUGGCAAUGAAGAAAAUUAUGUAAUUACGACAUUUUUAUUAAUUUAAAUUAAUCAUAUAUAUAUAUAUAUAUAUAUAUAUAUAUAUAUAUAUAUAUAUAUAUAUAUAUAUAUAUAUAUAAAACAAGAUAAUAAAGGGAAGAAGUGGAAGAAAAACUGAA